AUGAAGGAGAACGAUGGAAGAGGCGACUCUGAUCAGAAUGCGUGUUUCCUGAGGGGGGCGCCUAAGGGAGACUGCAGCUCAGCGGAGGAACCUGGGCAGGGCACCCUAUGCCACUUGCCAAUCUUCCCCAAGCACAGUGUCCCCUCCUACUUGCUCACCUGCGGGGUGCAGGGCCCAAGCCCAUGCGCCCUGGAAGCCGCGAACCCCUUGGUGGCCACCGCAGUUCCCCUGGGACCUGAGACCUACAAUGGUAGCAAAGGGCCCGGCGGGGUCGUGGGGUCGAGCCAGGGUGACGCUGUCCUCCCUGGCCGGGAGCCCCCAUUCUCUGUCUUCACCGUACUGGGGUUAACGCUGCUGGCACAGCUGAUCGCUGCCACUUUCUUGUGGAAUCUGCUGGUACUGGUCACCAUCCUGCGCGUCUGCACCUUCCAUGGCAUGCUGCACAACCUCCUGGGCUCGACAGCCAUCUCGGAUGCGCUAGUGGCAGCCGUGGUGAUGCCACUGAGUCUGGUGAGCAAGCUGUCGGCAAAGAGGCGGUGGCGUCUGGGCCGAACCCUGUGUCACAUGUGGAUCUCUCUCGAUGUGCUGUGCUGCACCGCCAGCAUCUGGAACGUGGCGGCCAUCGCCCUGAACCAGUACUGGACCAUCACGCCCCACCUGCAGUACUCGCUGCGCGCCCGCUGCCGCGCCUCGGCACUCAUGAUCGUGCUCACCUGGGCCCUGGUGGCGCUCAUCGCCCUUGCCCCACUGCUCUUAGGCUGGGGCGAGGUGUACGACGCGGGGCGCCAGCUGUGCCAGGUGAGCCAGGAACCCUCAGACGCCAUCUUCUCCACCCGUGGCGCCCUUUACCUGCCGCUUGGCAUCGUGUUGUUCGUCUACUGGAAGACCUCCAAGGCGGCCAAAUUUCGUUUCGGUCGCCGCCGCCGCCGGGCUGUGCUGCCAUUGCCCGCCACCGUGCAGGUGAGGGAAAGUCCACAA